CCUUUGUGGAGUCGGAGCCUGCGUCGGAUGUUGAGUUGAAUUGUUUACAAGUGCAUAGUGAAUGGACGAUUGAUAUCGUAAAGAAAGCGGCGAGUACUCCAUUCAUUUGUAAUAUUACGGAUAAAGCCUAGACUAUAGACAAUGGCUGCUGAGACUGACAGCAAUGCCAAAAAUGUUGAUGUUGACUUUUCUAACUACGUUGCGUUACGGAACAAAAGAAGAGAUUAUGAAUGGCAAAUAGUAUGGAGAAACGUUUUAGCGUUUAUCUACUUACAUGCAGCUAGUCUGUAUGGACUAUAUCUUAUCUUCACUGGAAAAGCUAAGGUGGUCACGUUUUUAUUUGCCGUUGUUUUUGCUUCUAUAGCGGCUAUGGGCGUUACAGCGGGGGCUCAUCGGUUGUGGGCGCAUAGAGCUUACAAAGCUCGAUGGCCACUGAGACUGUUCCUGGCUAUAUUACAAACUGUAGCAUUUCAAAACCAUAUUUACGAAUGGGUCCGAGAUCACAGAGUUCACCACAAAUUCACAGAGACAGAUGCGGACCCUCACAAUGCAAAAAGAGGAUUCUUUUUCUCUCACAUUGGAUGGCUGAUGUUACGAAAGCACAAAGAUGUCUUAGAAAAAGGUGCUUUGGUGGAUAUGUCAGACAUUGAAGGCGAUCCAAUCGUCAUGAUUCAGAAAAAGACGUAUCUAGUAGUGAUGCCACUGCUAUGUUUCAUCUUGCCCGCAUGGAUGCCAGUCGCUCUAUGGAACGAGAACGCUUGGGCAUCCUGGUAUGUGGCAUCCAUAUUCCGCUACACAAUAUCACUCCACUUUACAUGGUUGGUCAACUCAGCAGCCCAUAUCUGGGGCAAUCGGCCGUACGAUAAAUACAUAGGCGCUACAGAUCAUAAAGUUGUCGCGAUGUUAGCCUUUGGAGAGGGCUGGCACAAUUACCACCACGUGUUCCCAUGGGAUUAUAAGGCGGCUGAGCUGGGAGAUUAUAGGACUAACCUCUCAACAGCGCUAAUAGAUUUAGCUGCGAAGUGGGGUUUAGCUUAUGAUUUAAAGACCGUUUCCAUGGAGAUGAUACGGAAACGAGUUACAAGAACUGGAGAUGGAACUCAUCCAUUAGGAAUGAAAAACGAGGAAGACGACCACCAUCAUCCUGAGAACCCAAUUUGGGGGUGGGAUGACACGGAUAUGCCGGAAGAAGACCGAAAGUUAGCAGAAAUUGCUAACAAAGUGGACUAAAGAAAUUAACAAAAAAAUAUUAAAUAAGAAUCUAUUUAUAUUGUAAAGUGUAAAUAUAUGUGAAAACGCUUUCAAGUAAUAAGAAAGUUGGUAAUUCUGAAUGAUAACGUGUAGUUUUAAUUCAAUUUAAUAAGUAUUUAUGUGAGUUCCACCUACAAAUAUGGGUAUUGCGUAGAAUUUUUCUUGCUGUACCUUAUAACUAGCAUUAGGAUAAGGUUCCCAAAAUUAUAGGAUUAUGUUAUAUUAAUUUUGGUUGUGUUGACUACAUAAUAUAAGGUUAAUGCUUAUAUUUGUGAUAUAGAUUGAUUAUAAGUCGAUUUUUUUUAAAGACAAUGUUAUGUUAUAUGAC